AUGAAUUACUAUGCAUAUCGUAUGAUGAUUCGUACACAUGAGGAGAAUGUCAUUCUGAAGUGCCGUCGGCUAUUCCAGCAAUUCGCUGUCGACAUGUAUGUCAAAGUCGAGACCGAAAGUUUAGCGUUCAUCCGAUUCAAUCAGGCAAAGCUACGAUCUGAGGACUAUAUACACUUGCGUGAUGCUAUUCAUUCAGAUGAUGAUGUUCAGAAUAUUGGACGCCUGACGAUUCUCCCAUCAUCUUAUAUCGGAAGACCACGCCACAUGCACGAAUACGCUCAAGACGCUAUGACGUACGUGCGAAAUUAUGGAACUCCGGAUUUAUUUAUUACGUUCACAUGCAAUCCGAAGUGGACAGAAAUUGAACGUUAG